UCCAGUGGUGUGUGUAGUAUAUUGUUUUACUGGAAACUUCUGGAACCAACUAAAUUUCUACAAAGUUUAGUUUACUUAUAAUGUAUUAUUAUGUGUUGUUGUGAAACCAGAGACUAUGUUACGGAGAAACUAUUAAAACCGCUGAAAUAUUAUACUGUCCCGAUAGUUUACGGGACUGCUAACUACAGCAGGUUCCUGCCGAAAGGAGCAUACCUGAACGCCAUGGAACUGGGUGCAAAAAGGCUGGCUAAAGAAAUGAACGACAUCAUAAACGACAAGGAGAGAUAUUAUAGUUUCUUCAAAUGGCACAAUCACUACUCUUUCCAUAGCCCAGAUGAAGAUCCAGCUACGGACAACUACUGUCGGCUGUGUGCGGCUCUCAACCACGUAGACACAAGGCAAACACAGAAUAAUUUUCUAGAUUGGUGGAAUUGUAAAAAAAUUAAGAAAUUGUUUUCACGAAAUUGCAAAGAUGUUUUAACUUGUUUAGAAUAGUUUAGGUAGUAAAACAUUUUCGAUGUGCAGUGUUUAAUUAUAUACAAUAGCUUUAAAUAUACGAAGAGAUUCAUAUAUGUAAGUAGAUAUGUUACAGUCAAAACCUGUUUUUGGUGAAAACGCGUUUUGCCAAUUUAAAACUGUUUUUAAAUUUCGUUAUUUUUUAGUACCUAAUGAGGAAGCUAAAGAUUAAGUAAGAUAUAUAUGUAUUAUUAUCAUUUUACUUUUUUAAUAUAUCAUAAUUUACAAAGGUCUGCAAAACUAAGCAUCACACUUUUAAAAUUAUAUU